UAGUUUGAGAGAAGGGCAAGUGAAGCAGGUGAGAGAGGGAGAGAGAAACGGAGAGAGGGAGGGAGAGUCGACGAUACUUUUCUGCACUUCAGUACACAGGGACACACACACACGGUCUCGGAGGACGACAGGCUCGGAGCCUGGGCAAAGCCGCUGUUGUUCGCACGCUGUGCUCUUUCCUCCCCCUGGCACCGCGCGCGCUCGCCAAGCCGCACUGUUUGGAGAUAGUCCGCGCGGAAAGUUUUUUCUUUUUUUGGGAGCAUACUGUCUGGAGCCGAUUAAUUGUGGCAUCUGUUUUUUUUUUUCUUCUUCUUCUUCUUUUGCGAGGCGGAUGACUUAUUGUUCUUGCAUGUGAGGACUUUAAAGUCAAGCGGAGGAAUUGCCAGUGUGUUUUUUGCACAGAAUGGAAGGUAAAUUGACGAGUCGUUUGUGGCGAGGAUCACCGUGUGGAGCUCUCCGCAGGGUGCAGUCACUGUUAGUUCACCAAACAUCAGACCUGAAGAACUUUCAACUAGUCCGUCACACAAAACGAAGCACUUUUGCAAGAGAUCCGGAUAAAACGAGCAUACUUGUCUGCACUGCAGCGGAAAAGGAAAUCUUAAAUCCACCUGGCCUGCACUGGGAUUAUUGGUCUGAUAUCGUCUGCAGAAAGUGGAUUACAACCUUUGACGGACUGUGCUCCCUGAUCAGCGGCAGUAUGAACCUGGGGCUGAGCUGUGCCUGUCGGCCGGGUUGCUGGUCCUAUGGCAGCGUGUUGGACUCCAGACAUUGUGUGUUUGCACUCACUCUCCUCACGCUCCUCAUGCAGGUGGUGGUGGAGGCCAACUCGUGGUGGUCUUUAGCCAUGAACCCUUUACUGAUCCCUGAGGCCUACAUCAUCGGUGCCCAGCCUCUGUGCAGCCAGCUGGUGGGCCUGUCUCAGGGCCAGAAGAAGCUGUGCCAGCUCUAUCAGGACCACAUGCAGUACAUUGGCGAGGGCGCCAAGACUGGCAUCAGAGAGUGCCAGUACCAGUUCAGACACCGGCGCUGGAACUGCAGCACAGUGGACAACUCCUCUGUAUUUGGACGGGUCAUGCAAAUAGGCAGUCGAGAAACGGCGUUCACUUAUGCCAUCAGCGCAGCAGGGGUGGUGAACGCGGUGAGCCGCGCCUGCAGAGAGGGGGAGCUCUCCAGCUGUGGGUGCAGCCGAGCGGCUCGCCCCAAAGAUCUGCCGCGGGACUGGCUGUGGGGCGGCUGUGGAGACAACCUCAACUAUGGCUAUAGGUUCUCCAAGGAGUUUGUGGAUGCACGCGAGAGGGAGAAGAGCUACCCGAAAGGAUCAUAUGAGAGUGCACGACUGCUGAUGAAUCUGCACAAUAACGAGGCGGGGAGGAGGACGGUGUCUGACCUUGCCCACGUGUCCUGCAAGUGCCACGGGGUGUCAGGCUCCUGCAGCUUGAAGACCUGCUGGCUGCAGCUGGCAGACUUCCGCAAAGUAGGCGACGCGCUGAAGGAGAAGUACGACAGCGCCACCGCCAUGAAGCUCAACUCUCGUGGGAAGAUGGUGCAGAUGCACAGCAAAUUCAACCCUCCCACCAGCCACGACCUGGUGUACAUCGAGCCCAGUCCAGACUACUGCCUGAAGAACCAAAGCACGGGCUCUCUGGGCACGGUGGGGCGCCUUUGCAACAAGACCUCAGAGGGCAUGGAUGGCUGUGAGCUGAUGUGCUGCGGCCGUGGCUACGACCAGUACAAGGCCCAGAUAGUGGAGCGCUGCCACUGCAAGUUUCACUGGUGCUGCUACGUCAAGUGCAAGCGCUGCACCAAAAUCGUUGACCAAUUUGUCUGCAAGUGAGGAGAUAAGCGUAGCCUGUGUGUUUUUGUUUGCAGACGAUGGGCACACAUCCAUGAGAAGAGGAGAUGAACACAGAGAGAAUGGAAGAAAGAAACUAUAUAAAUUAUAUUUAUAGAGUUAAACAAUUAUGCCAUUGCAAAAAGACUGACUCUUUUUCUUUUAAAAAAAAAAUGUUAUGUCUUCAGAAACUGAGAGUAUCGUGAAAUAUUUAUUUUGAGAUUGUUAUGUUCUAUUUUGGCCCAGUCAUCACCAGCCGAUUUUAACCCUGUCAAGUGCCUAAAGCUGGCUGGAAAUCUUCCCCCAGCCUUGUUUAAGUCCAAAAAUACCAAUUUUCUUGUCAAAUGGGUCACACUGAUUGCGAAAUUUGGACUGUGUUCCUUAUUUCGUUUGAUUUUGUGGCAAAGUUGACUAAGAGCUCUUGGUUUGUUGUUUGAGAGUGACUGUUGAGAGGCCUGUGUACUGUAGUGUGUGGAUGAUUUUUUUUUAUGUGGGCCCAUUCCCAAUUCAGCCUUACUGAACUCUGCUUGUCCCUUACCACAUAUCCACACAUAAAGCAAGGAGAACUUUUUUUUCUGGUACGAGUCCUUGGAGUACAGUGGGUACAAUAAGAGGGCUGUUCUGGGGUUUGGGCCAUUUAUUAAGCUUUCCCAGAAGCCUUAGAGUCCCCCAGGUGCUGCAUCAAGCCCUUCACCAUUAUGCACUUUGAUACAGAGGCUUAAACCUGUCUGUAUGCAUCUGUUCCACUGUUUUUACUACAGUGCAUCAGCAAAUAUAUCGAUUUAUAGUCUUCAUUCUUUUCCAUAUUAAUGCAGAUUAUCCAUUUUAACAUUAUACUACAAUAUGGUUUGAAUAUAUAUGGGCAACGUUGUGGUUACAGUGGUGAAAUAUCCCAUGCUCUGUGUAUAUAGUAUGCCUAUCCAACCAAUCAGUAAACUGUAUUUAUUUUCUUAUAAACAGAAAAGCAUCAUCACCAUCAAGGAUCCAUAUUCAGCGAGACAUCCCCAAAGUCACUUUUUAAAGUUGGUGUUCUCACAAAUGCAACUCUUCACUGUUUUUCUAAAGGGAAAUGCACCUUAUUGUUUGGAAACACAUGUUCGGCCUUCUCACUCUUGUUCAGCUUUAAUCUACACACUUAUAUUGAUAUGUAUAAAAGUUUCACAGAUGUUCAGAUUGAUCAUCAGCACAGAUAUCAAUACCACUCAGUUUACCGCUCACUAUCCCUGUGAUGAUUCUCCAUAGACAGACUGUUCCUACUGUACCAAACCAUCUAUGUAUAUUUAUAAGCUUCUCCAUGAACUUUGAGGUUUGUUAAUGUGUUAUAGCAGAUAUUUUGUUACUUUUACAAAUUGGCUCAAUGCUCUUUGUUUCAAUAAAUAUCAAAUGUAAAA